AUGGCCUCCAGUACUCAGAAUCCCAAUGGCGGUUUCGCCUUGAUAUACCAAAACCCCUACCUGCUGGGCGUUGCAUCGUUCUCCACCUUAGGUGGGCUGCUCUUUGGCUAUGAUCAGGGCGUGGUUUCCGGUGUGAUAACCAUGCAAUCAUUCGGCGCUCGAUUCCCUCGAGUAUACAUGGACAGCAGCUUCAAGGGGUGGUUUGUGUCGACCCUAUUAAUCUCUGCUUGGUUUGGCUCCCUCAUCAACGGCCCUAUCGUAGACCGAAUAGGCCGCAAACUAUCCAUCAUCACCGCUGUCGUUGUAUUCGUCGUUGGGUCCGCCAUCCAAUGCGGUGCCGUUAAUAUACCAAUGCUCUUUGCUGGACGUGCAAUCGCAGGCGUAGCCGUUGGGCAACUAACCAUGGUGGUACCUCUGUAUAUCUCCGAAGUCUCCAUUCCCGAAAUACGCGGUGGUCUUGUCGUUCUCCAACAACUCUCCGUCACCAACGGCAUCCUAAUCAGUUACUGGAUUGACUACGGCACAAACUACAUCGGGGGCACCCGCUGCGCCCCCAAUAUUCCUUACACAGGCGGCACCGCCUCCUCCCCAUCCUUUGAUCCCUACACAGACAUCCCCUCCGACGGCAUCUGCACCGGCCAAUCCGAAGCAUCCUGGCGUCUACCACUAGCCAUCCAGAUCAUCCCAGCCCUUACACUCGGCCUGGGGAUGCUCUUUUUCCCAGACUCCCCUAGAUGGCUACUAAUGAAAGAACGAGACGACGAAGCUCUCCAGGCACUUUCCAGGCUACGUCGACAAUCUACAAACAACCCAGACCUAACAAACGAAUACCUCGAGAUCAAAGCAUCCAUCAUGUUAGAGAACAGUUUCGCUAGAGAACGGUUCCCGGAGUUAUCUGGGUUCAGGCUGCAUGCUGCGCAGUAUAUCUCACUCGUAACCACAUGGGCGCGAUUCAAGCGCCUAGCGAUCGGAUGCUGUAUUAUGUUCUUUCAGCAGUUUAUGGGCUGUAACGCUAUAAUCUACUACGCACCAACAAUUUUCGCUCAGCUGGGCCUUGAUGGAAACACCGUACGCUUUAACCUUAUCUUAUUUAUCUCAGGAGGAGCUGAUGAGACUGACACGACCAAACAGAGCUCCCUCCUAGCCACCGGAGUCUACGGGAUCAUCAAUUGCCUUAGCACCCUCCCUGCGCUUUUCCUGAUCGACAAAGUCGGUCGAAGAGGUUUGCUCAUGUCCGGUGCCACGGGGACCUGUAUCUCACUGGUAAUCGUGGGUGCGAUUAUUGGGGUCUACGGAUCGGAUCUAGUCCAUCAUCAGUCUGCCGGAUGGGCCGGGAUCGCGUUCAUCUAUAUCUACGAUAUCAACUUCUCAUACUCUUUUGGUUUGUUUACUCCUAUCGGAUGGGUCCUGCCAUCGGAAAUCUUCAAUCUAUCCAUACGCUCCAAAGCUAUCUCCAUCACAACUUCCGCUACUUGGAUGUGUAACUUGUAUGUUGAGGAAGUCCUAUGUUUUUUAUCCAGUUUUUUAAUCAUGAUGGUCAUGACUCAUUCUCGACAUUUGCACCUAGUAUCAUCGGCCUCGUCACCCCUGAUAUGCUUGACUCGAUCACCUGGGGUACCUAUAUCUUUUUCGCAGCUUUCUGCCUCCUGGCAUUCGGGUUCACGUUCUUCUUUAUCCCAGAGACCCGUGGAAAGGUAUGCUUGGGUUGCCCUUGGCUAUCCUUUAGACGUCACUAACAUGGCUACCUUGUUUAGACUCUGGAAGAUAUGGAUCUCAUCUUUGGUGACACGGCUGCCCAUGAGGAAAAACAGCGUAUUGUCGGAAUCGAGGCUCAACUGCGUGGCAUUGAUGGUCCCACGGUCGACCCAGAAUUCGUGA